UUCAGUUCAAUUCUGUCUGCCUUUCAGACCGGUUGUGCGAUGUGUCCGAUCUGCCUAGUGCUAUUCUUGAUAGCAGGGUUUUUGGCCCUGAUCUACGUAUUUCUCACCUGGAACUUUGACUACUGGCGAAAGAGAGGCAUCCCAACAGCAUCUUCUUGGCCACUCGUGGGCAGCUUUCCCAGCGUUUUCACUAAGAAACGGAACCUUGCCUACGACAUCGAUGAAAUCUAUCAGGAGUACAAAGAAACAGAUAAACUCGUGGGUGUCUUUACCACACGACUUCCCCAGCUGUUGGUUACGUGUCCGGAAUACAUCCACAAGAUUUACACCACUGACUUCCGCUGCUUCCAUGACAAUGAAAGGGGUAAAUUCGUGGACAAAAAAGUAGAUAAGAUUCUGGGCAACAAUCCCUUUGUUCUGAGGGGCGAGGAAUGGAAGGAAAGAAGGGGAGAAAUUACGCCAGGAUUGACUCCAAAUCGUGUAAAGGUCGUCUAUCCCGUGUCACAAAGUGUGUGCAAAAAGUUUGUGGAUUACAUCAAGCGACAACAACGAAUGUCCACCUCUCAAGGAUUAAAUGCCAUGGAUCUCUCCCUUUGUUACACAACCGAAGUGGUUUCAGAUUGCGUUUUGGGUAUUUCUGCGCAGAGUUUUACGGAUAAUCCAACACCCCUUGUGGGAAUGAUAAAGCGAGUGUUCAACUCCUCCUUCGGAUUUAUGUUCUACAGCAUAGUUGCUAAUAUUUGGCCACCGAUUCGCAAGUUCUACAGCGUAGCUCUGUUCACCAAGGAGGCAGAGGACUUCUUUUACGACCUUAUGAGAAGAUGCAUCAAUUUGAGGCGGGAAAACCCAGACCAACAGCGAGAUGACUUCCUCAACUACAUGCUGCAGUUGCAGGAGAAGAAGGGCUUGGAUGCACCGGAGUUGACUGCUCACACAAUGACUUUUCUAACUGAUGGAUUUGAGACCACGGCUUUGGUUUUAUCCCACACUCUAUUGUUGCUGGCCCGAAAUCCCGAGGAACAGCAAAAACUUAGGGAGGAAAUUGGCAAUAAGGAACUAAGCUUCGAGCAGCUGAGUGAACUUUCGUAUCUAGAAGCCUGCAUUCAUGAAACACUACGCUUGUUUUCACCACAAAUAGCAUCUCGCAAAAUUGUAACUGAACCCUAUGAAUUUGUAAACAAGAACGGAGUAACUUUGCAAGUUCAACCCGGAGAUGUCCUUAUAAUUCCCGUGAAUGCUCUCCAUCACGAUCCCCAGUAUUAUGAGAAUCCACACGCCUUCAGACCAGAACGCUUUCUCGAAGUCAAUGGAGGAGUGAAAAAGUAUCGUGAACAAGGAGUAUUUCUUCCUUUUGGCGAUGGACCUCGCAUCUGUCCAGGCAUUCGAUUUGCAAUGACCCAGCUCAAGGCAGCUUUGGUUGAAAUUGUACGAAAUUUUGAUAUCAAAGUCAAUCCCAAAACUCGUUCAGAUGACCGACUAGACGAUACGUUCUUCAUGGCCACUUUAAAAGGCGGCAUUUGGCUGGACUUUAAGGAGCGAUAACAAAACUCUCAUGCUCUUAAUUGUUGCUAAUUGAUUACAAUUGAAAAUUUUACCAAAAGAAAUGCAAUGAUUAGAUAGUAAGCUAGAAAACCAAAAAUAAAUUGCUUAACCUCUUCCAUUUAUUUCAAUAUGAAGUUUAUAGCUGUAUGACGAAACAAUCCUGCUAUAAAAACCGCUAAGUUCUGUAA